AUGAUAAAUACUACUAAUUCGAAUACUUCACGACAACUUAUUUACGGCUUGUUACUCGGUGUAAUACUUACCUUAUCUACUAAUUCGUUGAGGAGAUGGUUGAAGCGAAAAAACGGAGAUAAAUUCAACGGAAACAAACGUGAAUUAAAUUCACCUCGACGACCUAGUGAUGUAAUAAGCGAAGAUAUCGUAGAUGGUAUAGAAGGAUUAAUAGGGAACACGCCAUUAAUGAGAAUCAAAAGUUUAAGUGAUGCUACUGGAUGCGAGAUUUUGGGCAAAGCCGAAUUUCUUAAUCCAGGUGGUAGUCCAAAAGAUCGAGUAGCUUUAAACAUGAUAAAGGAGGCGGAAAGGAAAAAACUUGUAAAACCAAAUAAAGGAUGUACCAUUUUUGAAGGCACUUCUGGAUCAACAGGAAUAUCAAUCGCGAUGAUAGCAAGGGCAAAAGGAUAUAAUGCAUGGAUUAUUAUGCCCGAUGACCAAGCAAAAGAAAAGUAUCAAAUAUUGGAAAAAUUAGGAGCUACAGUGGAAAAGGUCAAACCUGCAAGUAUCGUAGAUAAAAAUCAAUUCGUUAAUUUAGCUAAGCGCCGAGCUGAAGAAUUUGGAACUAAGAUAAUUAAUGAAGGAGAGGGUUUAAUGGAAAGCAAUGAAGCUACUGGAUUUUUUACCGAUCAAUUUGAAAAUUUAUCUAAUUACGAGGCACAUUAUCAAGGAACAGGACCGGAAUUAUUUAGGCAGACAAAUGGAAAAAUCGAUGCCAUAGUUUCCGGAGCUGGCAAGAACCCUUUUUUUUAA